AUGCCGCGUCGUCCAGCUCCCUCUCCUCUUCGUCUAGUCCAGGGUCCCCUCCCUCUUCGAGGAAAGCCCAAGCACACACUCCCUUCUUUACCUCGUCCAGUGUUUCACCCACCGGCGCGCCUCUCUCAAGGACCCGUUCCUCGAGAGCGCACUCAUGCCCUCACUUCACCACCUGACGAUGCUGAGAACCAUUUAUCACGACUUGAUGUAACGCCCCUCGCACUUCUCUCGCUGGAGGGAGCAAUGUCCCCAACCUCAUCAAUUGGUGGGCAUAGCGACGGGAUGAGGUCUCGGACCAGUUUAGAGAGUUCCCGGUCAAGUGGCGAGCGUUCGCGUUCAUCUUCACCACCACCAGAGAGGGAGAUUCGGAUACAAGGGCCUUGGGUCAAACACGCACGUUCAUUUUCGCUUCCGAUCGAUAUCAACACAAUUGUGGUCCCACCACAACCGGUCGCGAUCAAUCCUUUACCGGUGUGGUGA